AGCAUCCAGGCAUUGUUUAAUUGAAAGGCCAUGCAUAAGAUUUUACUUGUGCAUUAUUAGAGUACAUGCCACACGACACUUUUCUUAGAAUAUUGAAAAAAGGUCCAUUUCACAUAUCUCUUGCUAAAUCACUUGCUUGCCAUCUAAUCCACAUACUAUUAAUUCUUCACAAUCAUUAGGUAGCUCAUUGUGACAUUAAGCCUGAGAAUAUACUGAUAGCCGCAAAUUAUCAAGUGAAAUUAUGCGAUUUUGGAUUCGCCCGCAUAACUUAAUAAUUAUCUAGACCUCCCGGAGGGACACCUGGGUAUACAGCACCUGAAAUCUAUAAAGGAAACAACUUAGAUUUAUUUAAAUGUGAUAUUUUUGCUUUAGGAGUUGUCAUAUUUAUUAUAGUCAUGGGGUUUCCUCCAUUUUAAAGUAAUGAUCCUACCGUGAGAGAUCAAUGGUGGAAUAUGAUACUUACUAAAUAAUACGAUGUGUUUUGGAAGAAAUGUGAAUAAUAUAGAUAACAAAAGUAUCCUCAGGAAUUUAAAGACAUGAUUAUGUAGAUGUUAGAGCCUGAUCCUGACAAAAGAAUUAGUAUUGUCUAAUUAAUUCAGAACCCUUUUUUAUAAAAUGGAGCACCACAUGAACAAAUCGUUUAAGAAGUACAAAAGAGAGUCAAAAAAUGAUCAAUAAAU